AUGAUCGCUCAUAUUGAUUCGGAGUGGCAGCGUAUGCUUGUAAACCGUAAGUUCUCUAUGAAAACUGUGUACAACUGUUUAAUCGCAAGUAAUUCUGUUUGUUGGCAUUCGUUGUUGAGACGUAAUAUUGCUCGACCUAGAGCUUGUAUUACGCUGUGGAUGUUGUGUCACGGCCAAUUACCUACCAAAGACCGGUUGUACAUAUUCGGUUUGCUGGAUAACAAGAGGUGCAGCCUGUGUGAUCACGUAGAGGAAACCGUUGAACAUUUCUUUUUCGAAUGCUCUGCUACUAAGAGAUUAUGGACUGCAAUUAUGAACUGGCUUCAUAUUCACCACUGUCCAUUGCCUUGGAGUUUAGAGUUGCAUUGGAUAUUGGAGAACACUAAAGGAAAGGGUUGGAAAGCAAUGCUUUUUAAACUGGCAGUUACGGAAGCUGUCCACGAAAUCUGGCUAUAUCGUAAUGAUUCUAUUUUCAAUAGCAAUACGCAUAGGAAUAAUACUGUGGAAAAGAUUAUUGACUGUAUAGCAUAUAGAGGUUGGGAGAAUAGGAAACUUAGAUUGCAUGUGGCAAAUCUAAUGUUAUAG